UUUAUUAGCAAAAACAUCGAACACGCCUCCUCCUCGCACUGUCAGGCAAAAUGUCAUGUAGUCAUGUUAAAUUCACUGUUAAAUUUAAUCACAGCUCUUCACUCUGUUGUUGUUUUCUGACACCUUGAAUCAUUUCAACUUUAACCUGAUCUAUAUCGCUGUUUUUUCUUUUUCCGGUAAGCUAACCGACGGCUAACCUUAUCUGCUGCAAACACAGAUCUGUAGAUAACUGACAGACUACUACUGGAUUUUACUCAGAAGUUAGAACCACGUUUGUGAGACAACUACUUUAUUAGUGUGUAUUAUGUCACAGUUUGUUUGUUAUGGAUAGAUAAUAACCAGGCUGCUAGUGAGGAUUUUGCCAGCUGCUGAAGUCAAGUUCACCUGUACGACUGUGGAAGAUGCUUCUCCGGACGUUAUUUUCCAGACUGGGAGUUCCACGGCCUGCAGAGACUAAACCAGUCUGCCUUUUAGCCUCAGCCAGUCUCUCCCAGUCUGUUCAGUCUCACAAGUAUGAAUCCAAACCUAGGACUCACUCUGCUUCAUGGAUCUUUUCAAGGACCUGCCAUUCGAACUCUCUUCACCAACAGCACAAAAGACUGCCUGCUUCAGGUGGAUUUAAAAGUCUAAGCAGCUCUUUCACUGAACCUGGGAUUCUGACUGAUUGUAUAAGAGGACAGACUCGUUUUUAUUCAUCCAGCAUUGUAAAAACGGUGUUAAAAUCAAACUUAAAGCCAGCAACAGUGCCUGGAAAAAGAGCUCCUAAGGGACCAAGGACAAAACAACCGUCUCGAGCCAAUCAGCCUUCACAGAGUGUGGACAAGGACAUGAUGCAAUGCAUUGCCUUUGCAACAGCAGAUCAGUAUCAUUUGCCAACACUGUGCCACGACUUGAUAAAUCAAGGCUUCCAGGAGAUCGAUUUACCAAGAGAUGCCUCAAAUGUGCUGGUGAUCAGCACAGACAUGGCUGCAAAACCAGACGACGACGCUCAAAUAUUCUUCUUCAGGGAAGGCUCUGUAGUUUUCUGGAAUGUUGAGGAGAAAACGCUGAAAAGGGUUCUGAGAAUAUUGGAACAUCAUGAGAUUCAGCCGUACGAAGUAGCUUUAGUCCACUGGGAAAACGAGGAGAUCAACUACACCGUCGGAGAGGGAAAUACGAAGCUUGAACGUGGAAACUUUAUGCUCAGUGACCAGAUGGAUCAGCACGAAGCUGUUCUGGAGAAAUUUGCGUUUUCAAAUGCUUUAUGUUUGUCUGUGAAGUUGGCGAUCUGGGAGGUUGCAUUAGACAACUUUGUGGACUCGAUCCAGUCGAUUCCAGAGACACUGAAGUCUGGCAAAAGAGUGAAGUUGUCCUCAGCCGAGGUUAUGAAGAAGAUAGGAGAGCUUUUCACGUUAAGACACUGUAUAAACCUGCGGUCCGACCUGCUCCUCACACCUGAUUUCUACUGGGACCGAGAAAACCUGGAAAAACUCUACGAUAAGACGUGCCAGUUCCUCAGCAUCAACCGCAGAGUCAAUGUUGUGAACGAGAAGCUGGAACAUUGUACACAGCUGACCGACCUGAUGAGGAGCCACCUGAGUGAGAAGCACAGCUUGAGGCUGGAGUGGAUGAUCGUCAUCCUCAUUACGAUCGAGGUUUUGUUUGAACUCGCGAAAAUGAUCUUCUAAGCUGCUCCUACAAGAUUGCACAAAUCUAAAAAUGGACGCUAGAAGCUCCAAGGGACAAAUGCUGCAGCCUGCAAAGGUACUCAGUCGGUGAAAUGUGAUACUGAAUCGUGAAGGGGACCGAAAUAGUGUUGAAUGUCUUAUUCUUCAAGUUUUACAGUCUGUACAUGCCAACAAAUCACAAAACAAACUUUAAAAUCAGUCAUUUUCCUACAUGUUGCUGUGGAUCAUUCAGGUCUUCCUGAAUUUUGCUGUUUUAAAAAAGAAUCAGUGGGACUUUGCCACUUUUGGGAUCACAUGCAAGUGAUUGUUUUUCAACUUUUGAUUGCUGGAUUUAUGUUAAUUGCAUUUUUACAUCAUGUGCAGUAUGAAAUAUAACAUUUUUUUAAAGGCCUCAACGUGUGACAUUAUUCUUGUGAUGGAUCUCAAGCAAUAUGAUUUAAAAAAGUGGGAUUAUAGCAAAAUUUGAUUCUCAAACUCCAACUAUAAGUGCUGUGUGACAGAAAAUAUAAUAAAGUAUUUAUUCUAAAUGUU